AUGGAAGGGCAUUAUACCUCACCACAAAGCACAAACACAAAGGGAAUUACGAAACGGCCACUCCUAUCAGCAACAAACAAAAAACAUAUCCCAGAGGCUAACCAACUCAUGAUCCAAGAUAUAGCCCGCAACUGCAAGAAACUCAAAAGCCAUGUUGUUUUCCUUUAUGUUUCCAAAGAUGACCUUAACCGUCAAGGAACAGCAUGCCCAAAUAGCAAAAUUCCAAAAGGGGAUCACCAUGUACUUGACUAUUUGGCUUAA